AGAAUCUGCGGAAUCCUUUGGGCACACUCAGAGUUGCCAUCAAACGCGCGAAGAUCAAAGCGCUCACCAACAGGCCUCAGGUGGGUGUGCCAGACAAGCACUACUGCAUCAUCCAGCACGCGGGAGUGUUCAAGAAGACUCCCGCGGUCCCGUCCCUGACCCCAAAGUGGGAACUGGCCAACUUCGACUUCACCGUAUUCGAACUGAGCACGAGUACCGUUGUGUACGUGUUUGUCGAGGGUACGGACAAGUUCAUUGGCAGCUAUAUAUUCAAGCUCAGCAGUCUGUGGGUUCACCGCGUGUACCAGACAUGGGUGCCGUUGGUCAGGAAGAGCUCCAAGAAAAUGUACAAGCUGGGUGGCGAGGU